UCGGAAUCCGGAUGUGAUGAAAAUGUUUCAGCUCAAAGUUUCUCCAGGAGCAGGAGCUCGAGCGCGCGGGACUCUCGCGCACAAACUCAUUAUCCAGCGUCUGCUUGACAGGGAUUUUUUGUACUAUUUUGGGGAGGUAUCUGAUAGUUUUUACGGAGUUUUGAUUCUAAGCAGGGUAUUAAGGACACUUUUCCUAACGGCACGCCGGUUUUGCCAGAAGAAAGGAUGCGAAUAAAGGAGUUUCUCAGUUGACAUGUUUGAAAGGUUUGAGGGCUAAUUGCGUGGGGCAGUGUUGUUUUUGGGUGUGUUUAGUAUCUAAACAUCUGGCUCAUGUCCUCGGAGACUAUUUUACCUCCGGAGGGGCCUGAAGGGCCAAAAAAGCAGCUUCAUGAGGAGACAAACCAACUUCUGUCAAAAAGAGAUAAAUGCAACAGCUGCUCUGAUGAAUCCUCAGAUGCUACAGAAACAUCCCAAACUCCGAUACCAGGAGAUCACACUUCAGACGAGCAGGGUCACAUGACAGGGGAGAACCACACCCAUGAUGGUCUUGUUAGAACUCAACCUCAGCCUCUGCCCCAGCCAGCAACAUCCCUGCAGAAUGCUAUUGAUGGAGAGGCUGGCAGGCGGCAGAACGGUCUGCACACAGUGCUAAGUAAUGGCCAUGGGACGCCCCGCGGGGUCACACAACCGCCCUCCGCCGGCCACACCUCCGAGCCCAAGAAGCACCCAUCGCCUGUCUCACACCGUGUGCAGAGAAAGCUUCGCUCUAGCCUGUCGGUCAACAGCAACAGCAGCAGAAGGAGCAAAAGCAGCUCGACGGGUUCCCAUAAACCCGGCUCUACUCCAGAGGACUGCUGUGUCCACUGCAUCCUGGCCUGCCUGUUUUGUGAAUUUGUCACUCUGUGCAAUAUGGUGGUGGCUCAGGCUUCGUGCGGCACCUGCACUUCAGAAGCCUGUUGCUGCUGCUGCUGCGCAGACGACCUGGGAGAUGACUGCAACUGCCCCUGUGACAUGGACUGUGGCAUUAUGGAUGCGUGCUGCGAGUCCUCGGACUGCCUGGAGAUCUGCAUGGAGUGCUGUGGAAUCUGUUUCCCAACAUAAAAGCCCAGAUGCAUGCAGGCGACAGCCAGGACAGAUUGAGUGAGUGAGUGAGUGAGUGAGUGAGUGAAUGAGAGCUACUGAGUGUGUUCUUUUCACACUUGUGAAAAAUCUGUUCCUGAGCUCAAAAUGACCAUAAAGGUCAUGCAAAAGGACAAAAAUACAUUACGUACUUCACAUAUCCUCGUAGACUAAAAGUGCACAAAAGCAUAUUCAGCGCUUUAUAUUCAAUGCUUUAAUAUAUCAGAGCUUGUUCUAUUGACUGUUUUAACUAAAUUUCAUCUCUUUGUAGAGGUUUUGAACAUUGUUUCUUUUGUUUCCAAAGACAUUUAACACUUUAUAAUUUUAAAAACUUGCAGAUGGUGGAAUUAAAACAGUAGACGUCACAUCACUUGAGGUCGCACUGCACAUCACUGUAAUUUGAGUGGAAACAGAGCUUUCACACUGUCAGAGGUCAAGCCUUUGUGGGUGUUAAGUGGAAUUGUUAUUUUGAACUGUUUCUGAAAAAGAGAGGGCAGUUUAAAUGAUAGCCAAUUUUGUAAGUCUUUAUUUAAACUGUGUCUACUGUAGCUCAUUUAAUUAAAUGUCCCUAAGUUCUUGAAACAACAUUAGCUGUUAGCUUGCUGGUGCUUUAAAGAUACACAAAAGAACUGGAUACACCGAAUAGUGUAGAAUGCAGAUGCAGAAAUUCACUUUAUGCAUCUUGCGAAUUACGUAUAAACUUGACUUUGUUUUUCUUUUAUUAAGCCUCUGCUAAAGAUACUCUAUAAAAGCAUCUUUUUGCU